UUUGCAUGAAGCUCGGUGUUUACAAACAAUCCGGUGCAAUUCUAGACUGCUUGUGUUUGAUUAAAAGUGGUUCUGAAGUGUGAAAAGUUCGCGUAAAAUCUGUUUCUAUUGAAAUUUCGUCGAUUCGACAUCUCCGGAAUGCUUUUGGUGCUAGACUUCAUGGACCCAUUAGAAGCAAUUAACCUUAGCCUAAUCCGUCACUGUCGAAACUUUGCUUCUGUGUAUAUGUUAUUCAGCGCGCAUUGAAUGAGUGCCUGUCUAAAUUCAUUCAUUCAGCACCAUACAAAUAAAAAUCAGAAUACAUGAAGGCAAAAAAGAGAAGCUCUUCUGGUGUUAUUACACAUUAGUGCAGUAGAGUAGCAGUCGAUGCUCGAAUCGGCAGUGUAUAUGUCACAAGUCGUAUGAAUUUGUGCUAGUGAGACAGAGAAGCAGGGCGAAAAAAAUCUGCAAGAUUUUCGAAAAUAGUAAAUUUUAAUGUCUACACGACUUCGUAUUGCGUCGUAUUAACGCAAGUCAUUGGUAUAUUUUGUGAAGAAUUUGGCUGAACAAGAUGGAUCCAUCUUCGAUAAUCGUAUUGGAUUCCUCGGAUGAGGAGUCUGGAGAGCCCAAGCGGCGUAAAAUAGCCCCACAAGUCCCGAUUGGCCUGAAUGGUGGCACACAUCCAGUAAAUAAGCCUCCCGAAUCGAACAAAAUAAGACGCAUCAAGCCGACCACGAUUGCCAUCAACCUGUGCAAGGAAGCGGAAAACAAUAAUCGGACACCGGUCAACGAAAACUUUGCCAUGAUCAGUUUCUCGGAUGAAUGGGAAAAGGAUCAUCUGAAGUAUCAGCAAAUAAUUAAAGAUCAUGAACAGCAGAGGCAACAAAUGCAGGCUAAGAAGAAAUUGCCGCUUUCGUCGCUGGCGGAAGAGGAAAUCAACGAUCGGAAGACAGCAACCCCGGGAAGCAGCAUUACCGCCGAUUCACACUCCACUAGCCGAUCGUCCGAGAAGAAGGAGAAGCGUACUCAUGUGGAGAAGAACCCUAUUGGGAAAGAAUUUGCCGAUCUGCUGGACGCUUGUAGGAAAGCAGAUUCAUCGAAGGAAAUGGAACUGCUCAUUCAAAAGAAGCUGAUCAGGUAUUACGAGUGCGUUCAUCCUGAUUAUAUAAACUCCAAAAGCUUCCGGAAGACGCUAGCAGCCGUUACCCAGGAUGUGAUAACGCGUCCUGAGCUGGUCUAUUUGAAGCUGUCCAGCAUUGUGGAAGAAUUGAACAUUCGCAGAAAAUCUCGGAACUCUGUGAUAACGAAUGAGAAUGUUACCAGCACCGGAAGUGAGAAAAAAGACAAUCAGAUUAGAAGAUUGAACCGCGCUCUAUACAUAUUGAAGAAGCGUAUUGCCAAGUUGGCAGAGGCGGAGGUGGAUUUUGACGAGGACAUCAAUUCUGCGUACAUGAUGGAAGAACGCUACAAAAAGCGAGCGUUCGAAAUCUACGAGAAGAUCUGUGAUAUUACUGGAGAAAGCAAACACGCACAUCGAAUCACACGAAAGCCGAUCAAAUUUGACGGAACACACUAUCCGGAGUUUAACCGGACGAUUCAGACAUUUGUCAAUAGGACAAACACAUUUCCCGAUUUCUUCGACGUGUUGAAAUGUUUGCAGCACUGUAAUACGCAGUACGGCUACGGAAUGCGAAGGGAUGAGAUGACAAAGAUAGCGCAGGAUGCUUUCAUCAGGAUCGGAAAGCUGUUGCAAAAACGGCGGAAGACCGAUCUGUACGAAAUGGUAUCCUACUACAGUGGAACGGAUAAGGAUCCGGCAAUAGUUGACAAGAAACUUAACGAGAAGUUGGAGGAAAACAAGAAACAUUACGGGAAAAUCGGAGACAUUAUCGACAAAUUCGCUCGAGUGCAAGACAACGACACGGACGACGAGGUGGAAACCAGCCACAAUUCAAAGCCAUCCAGUAGUAAAACAGCGACAGUUGUUAGUAAUGAUACCACAGCUGGUACCUCCAAAGAAAGCAGCGAUCAAGCGACAAGUAGCAAACCAUCAUCAUCUGAAGAACCUGCAGUCGAUAGAUCUAGUGCUAGUCUCACGAUUGACAGCGAAAAAGAACAAGAAGAUGCCAGCAGUUCGAGUAACAACAGACCUAACGCUGGUGACAGCAUAAACGAAGGCGACAAGGGCUCUAAAAUUGCUGUCCCAGAAGACUUGGACGAUGACAUUGAAGACGAUGACGAUGAUGAAGAUGACGAAGAAGACGAGAUGUUGAUCAAGGAAAAUGUGAAGCCGGACACAUUUGACGAUAUCGAUAUAUCGGACGAUGAAGAACUGAUCGUACCGUCUUAGCACAUGACACUGGCUACCAGUUGCUAGAAGAGGAAGAAAUGUAAAUAGGCAUCCAGAAUCUGGAAAAUCAAGUCGCUUUACAGUGUAAGAUAUUUUAUAAACGUUGCAGUUAAUUUCUCACUAUUUAGUAAUACUGGUCGUAGUUUUAAUAUAUUUUGAUUUCACCCGGGCUGCUUUUGCCUCGAACACAAAAUUUAUCAUAAUCGUGUUAGGUAUUUGUUCUUGUACAAUAAUUUCGAUCUCCAAACAGUAAUAGUUUCCAGCUUUCAGAAACAUCAAUGGUAAUUCAAUGUCGUCGUUAUUUUUAUGUUAGUUUUAAGGACCGUCUUGAUCUAUCAAUGCGUUUUAAGAAACCGUAAUGAGCCAGGCUAAAUAAUCACUAGAUUGAUGUAAAUCACAUACAUAAGUCACUGUACAUAGCGAAGUCAAUAAACUACUAAUAUUUUGCA